CCACAAGUCUUGUCCCCCUUAGAAAUAUUAAAUUAUGGGUGUUUCAGCGCGAAUGCGCAGCUUUAUUUAAAGCCAAGCGUCGACGCGCGCUUGAGGAUCCAUCGCCGCAAUGAACGCCCCUCAUUAUCCAGAGCCGACAUGGAUGCGCAUAUCUGGUCGCAAAACCCCAUUCUACACGAGGCCAUUGCUAGGAUCUGAGCUGUUUGAUGAUCGAACCAGUGUUCUAUUUAAUGGUAUGACUGACGCAUGUGUCGGCUUCACAUUUCAGAGCUUAUAUGCUGCGGAUGAGGUGAAACAACGUGCUCGCAAUGCCUUCGCUAGGCUGAGGUUUUCGUGUCCCAUCAUCGCAACCAACAUAGUGGGCGAUAUUGCGGGUCCUAUCCCGAGGUCAUGGGUAUAUGCGCCUGUACAAAGCCUAUCGGAGCUUACGCGCUGGAUGAACAAUGCCUUUUGCACCGUGCAACGAGAUUUGAACGUCAACGCUUCAGUCGAAGAUAUCAGUCAACGGAGGCUACCUUAUCAACCCCACAACGCGAGUCCUCUCUGGUUUCGUUGCUAUCUUCUAUUGGGCGACAAUAACAAACACAGCCUCUAUUUUCAUGGCCCGCAUGCCAUCGUGGACGGUGGCCCGACACUCAAUGCCUUUGCACUCAUGCUUCAAUGGAUGACGAACGAUGCUACCGAAUCUGCAGAGAACUUACCCUGGGGGACAGAAUGGCAUAAUCUGCCUCUCGGCCCUGUUAGUGCCACUGGUGGUCCUCGUGAAGAUUGGGACGUCGCAGGUAUCGAGCUCCUGAAGCAACUACCAGAGUCCGAAUCGGUCCGUACGAUACCUUUGGCUUCGCGUCCAUUUCGGAUGUCACAAAGUGCCACCGGGAAGACAUGCAGACUGGAGCGAGUUCUCGACCCGACAUUAACGCGUAGGCUAGUCCACAAAACACGAAUCGUCGGUUGCUCGAUGUCCCAUUUAUUUGAGGCUGCAUACUGCAUGGUGCUGCUCGCCCGCAACCAAAUUCCACCUUCCUUAUGGAAUGCCUACCACUUUUCAGGCAACUCCUCUGCCAUCUCGCUGAUUCCACAUCUGAAACUACCCUACGAUACGAAGACGCAUUUCAUAUCUUCCCGCACGCAUGUACCGAUCCAAAUUUCGAUGGCUGAAAUAUCGCCCAUAGUCUCACCCAGACGGCAGCUCCUGCAAAUUGUCCAAGCCAUAGAGAAAAGAUACACCAAGUUCUCUACGCAUCCCUGUAUGCCCCACGUCCAGGCUGCAAGGGCAUAUCAACCAGAUGCCCUGUCGGAAAGAUCAGACAUCGAGAGUUCCGUCAAUAACGUUGGUUCCAUCGAGCGGCGACUUCCGUUGUCAUGGAAAGGAGAGCAUGGCGCUGAGCCGCUAAUAGAGCUGGAGUCUGUGUUGUUUUCAGUCAGGCUAACGUCUUUAGCUCCAAUAAUCCACAUAUGGACUAUGAAGGGCAGUCUACAUGUUCAGGUUCAAGUGCGCAACAUUUCCUGCUUCUUUGUUGUGGGAGAGGCUCACUGAUCGUACAGGCAAAUGACGCCUGGCCAAAAGGAGACCUACAAGACCUUCUGGACGCUAUCUGCUCCCGAGCAUGCCUGGUUCUUGAAGACUUUACCCAGAAUCCUCCAGGCCAUACUUCUGAUCCGCCCCUGAACGAACGAAGCAGA